AUGCAACCAACAACUCCUCUUCGACACUUUCCAUAUAAGAACGAAAACAUCUGUAUCCAGAAACCAAUUAUGGUUAAUGGGUAUAAAAUGAUGACCAACCACAAUCCAUUCGGUGCAACCAAUCAUCCCCAUGAUCAAAUGCCAGCUGAUUUUUAUUACCCUCGUAACAACGGCUCUCAGUGCAGCCCUCCUUCAAACUACUCAAAUUACGAGAGCUAUGGGAACAAUGGUGGAAAUUAUCAACAGUAUACAGUAAGCAGCCCAAACUACCAGAACGUAAAAAAUGAGCCAGAAGAAGAAUACGUUGAAGACCCAAUCCAACAGAAAAUCACUCCAAAAAAGAAGGCAGUUAUGAUUUCAGCUCCAAGAAAAUACAAGAAGAAAAGUGAAUUGGAGAAGAAUGAUCCUGCGUACAUUGAAGUUCGGAGUCGCAACAACCGAGCGGUACAACUGAGUCGUGAGAAGAAGAAGAGAAGGGAAGAAGCUGAAAAAGAGGCUUUCAAAAAAUUGAAGCAGAAGUGUAGUGAAAUGGAAAACUUGAUUAAGCAGUUCCAAGAAGAAGUGAGAGCCAGCAGAUGCCAGAUUCCAUUCAAUGUCUUCCCUUCACUCGAAAAGAUGAUCAAUUAUCAAUAG